UCUGUGCGCGCGCACGUGACCGGAGCUUUCUUGCAGAGCGUUGAUUUCGCGCUUGAGGUGCCGUGCGUCGCUUUUGUUCGGCGGAUCGUGGCUUUGUGCUUUUUAGAUUGCUGGAGGGAGCUUCUGCCACCGAAACUGCCUCACAUCACUUCCUGUCGACUAUCGAGAUACGGAUUCACAAGUGUCUCAUUCACACCAGCAUUAAAUAGUACAUAUCAUUCUGCUUGCAUAUUGCCUGCACAGAAAGUUGAUGAUAUUUCAGCACUGAUGAAGAAGGAGCUACAGGUAGAAAAUGAAAAAAGACGUAAGUUGGAACGAUCUUUGUCACAUGUGCAGGAAGAGCUUGAUAAAACAAAAGAUAUGGCAGAUGAUCUCAACCAGUCGAAAAGACUAGCACUUGCAAUGGUGAAACAACUUCACAAUGAAUACUCAAAACUGCAGAAAAAGUAUGAACAGUCCAUCAGAAAUUCACAGCAUAAUGAAAGUAUUCGAAGAAACCGGGACUCAGCAUUAGCAAUUCAGGAAAGAAGAUUGUCAUCACUCUCUGAUCAGCUUCAGUCCGAGGUCCGCAGGAGACAAGAACUUGAAAAUUGGCUUGGAAGAGAAAAAACUGCCAGGAGCUUUUUAGAAGAAGCACUCAAUGAAACAAUUAAACAAAAGGAUCAACUGGAGGACCAAAUAAGGCAUCAGCAGUUGGAAGUGCGUUCUGUUUCUUCUAAUGAGACAUUCCAUGAUUGUCAGGAGGUCCAGCUAUCAGGAAUAUCAGUGCAGCAGAAACUACAAGAAUCUGAACAUGCCAAACAAUCUAUGAAGGAAAAUGAGAAACUUCCUGUAAAAACAUCAGAUAAAAAUGUUAAUGCAUGUGAAAAUGAGAAACUUCCUGUAAAAACAUCAGAUAAAAAUGUUGAUGCAUGUGAUCCAAAUUUUGACCCUGAUGAAUUAAUCAACAUGAAGAAGAGGUGUGCUGAAUUAGAAAAUCAGCUCAAACAAACAUUUACAGUGUCACAGGAACUAAACGCUGCAAAAAAACGGUGUAAUGAGCUAGAAUCACAACUGAAGGAGUAUACCACUGUUAGUACAGAAUUGAAUGAAUAUCGUGAGCGGCUUCAAAAAAAUGUUCAGCAACUACAAGAUGUACAAAGUUCUUUCACUCAGCUACAAAGUGCAUUCAAAUCUGCUCAGGCAGAAAGUAACAUAAGAGACACUCGGCCUUCUACCAUCUCAAACACCUGAUAUUUUAAAAGUAAGUAAGAGAGCAGAUACAUUUCUACUGCGCCACUGGAUUCUGUGUGCAGGUUGGAAGUUUGAAAUGAGAAGACAAUAAGAGGGGCAGUCGAAUGAUGCCGACAAGUGUUUCCGCAAGAGCCACGGACACUGUGAGAGAGGACAUGGAGUAAUAAAUGCUAUUCUUUGCUGUGUUAGUGAAUGCAAUUGUUGGGAAAAAAAGGAAAAGAAAAGAAAAACAAACAUUUGACUAUAGAUUUUAGCUCUUA